CGGGAGCCUCCAGUUUGCGUUCCACAGGCGGUGGCGAAGGCGACGACGUCAACGUCAAAAUGGACAGCGGGGCCUACGGGGCGGCCAAGGCCGGCGGCAGUUUCGACCUGGAGCGAUUCUUGAAGCAGCCUCAGGUCAUCGUUCGGGCUGUGUGCAUGUUAUUUGCUGUGAUUGUGUUCUCCUGCAUCAUUGGUGAAGGCUACGUUAAUAGACCCGAAUCGACUGAACUCCACUGUAUCUUUAACGGCAAUGAGGAUGCCUGCCGAUAUGGCACAGCCAUCGGGGUGCUUGCCUUCCUGGCUUCUGUCUUCUUCUUCGUGGUUGAUGUCUAUUUUCCCCAGAUUAGCAAUGCCACUGACCGCAAGUACUUGGUCAUUGCUGACAUGGUCUUCUCAGCUUUCUGGACCUUCCUCUGGUUUGUUGGAUUUUGUUUUCUCACCAACCAGUGGGCAGCCACCAGUCCCAAGGCCGUGUUGGUGGGGGCUGACUCAGCUCGGGCAGCAAUCUCCUUCAGCUUCUUCUCCAUCUUCUCCUGGGGCUUGCUGGCUGCUCUUGCCUACCAGAGAUACAAAGCUGGGGUAGAUGACUUCAUCCAGAACUACAUUGAUCCCACUCCUGAUCCUGCCACUCCCUAUGCCUCCUACCCAGGAGUUGCUGGAGACAAUUACCAGCAACCACCCUUCACUCAGAAUGCAGAGACCACUGAGGGUUAUCAGCCACCGCCUGUGUACUAAAGUUGAGUUAAGGCAGCAUGCAAAAGCACAGUGGGGGCAAAGGGAGGGGUGGGAUUGACUUAGUCUUCACCUUGGGGGAGAGGAAGCCUUUGGAUACUCUCAUGUUGUCAUUCCCUACCUGCUACUUAUACUCCAUGCAUUUUCAAACCUGCCAUAUAAUUUAAGGUACUGCUUCAUUCCCUUCAGGAGGAAUUGAAAAAUCUGCCUUUGGACAGCAUUUUUAAAAGACAGUUUUGGAUAUUAGUGUUUUCUCACUGCUUUUUCCUUUACCUGGGACAGCUAUAGAAUUGGGAUAAUCCCAACAAUGCUAACAGUGCCUUAUCUUCCCCUUCAUCUCGGGGAUAAAAUUCAUGGUGAUUUUGGUGGUUGUAGCAGUGGUUGUUUUGAGUUCUCUGCCAGGAAUCAUCCAGUCCUGCUGAGACAUUCUGUGGUGCUUGUGUGAGUGUGUGCCUUCAUGUUUGUUUCUUCUGUUGCUGGUGGUGGGCUCUAAGGUGUAGUGAGCUCCCCACCUUGAUCUCAGCACAUUCACACUCCUUUGCUCUCAGGUCUAUAAUCCUUUUAUCUGGGAUUAUUCUCUUGAUCCCUGCUUCCUUUCCACUCUUAAGGAGAAAGUGGGGACCACCCAGGUAUCUAGCCCUGAGCCCCUUGUGGUUACUGCUGUAUUUUCUGCUGGUUUUGUGUUCUAAGAUUGCCAAUCCGUAUCCAUCUUGGUGCUGGAGUCUACUUGGGGGUUGGUGAUAGCAGGGGCAACACUGCCUAGGCCUUGCUACAGAAAUCCUGGUAGCUGGGAAUGGUUUUGCCUAAUCUGCUUUGUGUAAAUAUUCUGCCAUUGUUAAAAAUAUGAAAUGUGAGAUAGGGCAAGAAGGCAUAUCUACCUUGUAGUCCCUGGAUGGUCCUGAAUGUAUUAAAAAAGCCAUCAGAAAAGAACAUCCAGAUUUUGCAUUUUGUUGUUGGUUGGAAAUGGAAUAAAGAUAUAUUGUGUAUAUAUA